GUUAAUUAUCGAUUUCAUUGAAAAGACGUGGUGUUGUGAUUUUUAUAAAAAAAAAUUGUUAGCCAUUGUGAAAUUAAGUGCGUCAUAUUGAAUUUAAUUGAAACUUGAUUUAUAAAAGUGUUAUACUCGUUGGUUAAAAUUUUGUUUAGGAUCUGUGUGUGAAUUGUUUAUAUUGAAUUACUUUGGAAAUUUGUGUUGUUAUACAAAUAUUUUAAGAUCAAAUAACAAUGCGAAAUGAUACCGCACGCGCCAAAAGCACGAGAUGAAUUGCAAGAUGACGAACUGGAGUUUGCAUACGAAAAAACCAAAAAUGUGAAAUGGCACCACCGCCUGCUUCUCAACAGGCCUUCAAAGGUGGUGUUGCUGGGAUUAUUACUGGCCAUAGCAGCCCCACUUCUUAUAUACAGAUACCUUUUCUUCGUGAGUAUCGACCUGCCACCCUCUGACGGGUUCUCCGUCGGAUCAUGUCUCGUAGCAAGAUCCUCGAGAAUUAGAUGUGGUCUCGGCAACGUCACUAGCGAAGAAUGUCAUCCCCAAUGCUGCUAUGACCUGAAUAGCAACAUGUGCUUCCACAGAUUCCCGUCUCGCUUCAGCUACGUCAUGGAUAGAAAGUGGUCUGAGAAUGUAAUCAUGAAUCCAAGAAUCGCAACAGUUCCCUUCGCAUCCCAAAGCAGUAUAACUCGUGUCAGGUUAUCGAUGGAUGAAAUAUCUAAAACCCAUCUAUCGCUGACAUUUUACAAUGCAGUCGAAGCGGAUUUAGAAGGUCAAAGACUUGAAGAUAAGGAAUACUCGUAUACAGUUGCAUCACCUGAAUUGAACGUUAUAGUCAGUUCGACUCAAGGUAUAAUUUUCAACACACUGCGAGGACCUCUUAUAGCAUCGCAAAACAUUUGGGAAAUGACAUUCCAAUUGACAAAUGAGACGAUGUUCGGCCUAGGAGAAUUGCCUUUGGAAGAAGGCGUAACAAAAGUAAUUUACAAUCACGAAGGUGGAAUGAGUACCAUACCAUUAAUAUUUGCGAAAUGGAAUGGAUCCUACCACGGUUUGUUGUUCGAUGCAUCGACGCCGACAGAAAUAUCGAUUCGAAGUGAGAAGUUAAUUGUCGUUCGGAGCAUCACCACUUUCGGGUUGAAGUUUCACUUGUUUGUUGGCCCGAAACCGGUUGAUAUAAUGAAAGAUGUAAUGAAGUUCAUGGGAUCGACUAAACAAUUGAGAUAUUGGAUGCUCGGUGCACAUGUUUGCGGAGAUUAUCGAGGAAUGACGGUACAAGCAGCCGUGACUACGCUGAGGACCUUCAUAACGCAAACAAACAAUCAGAGAGUGCCGUAUGACAGUCAUUGCGGCAUAACACCCAUUAUAUUCGACUCUGAGUGCACGGAGAGGACUCGAAUCACUCAGGUCAAUGGAGGAAUGACGCUGAUCAGAAAUGCGAGAAAAAAGGUCGUCCCGCACGUCUCUCCUUACAUUUUUUACGAAGAAAUAAUCCCCGAUAUUUCUGAAGACAACGAAACCUCAAUAACAAGAACCACAAAUAAUCUAUGUUUCGACGUCCAAGAUUACAAGGAUUUGAUGUUACACAAGCCUCAGUCAAUGAAGGUUUAUCACGGACUAGCUCGUAAUCAGAGCGUUGUGUAUCCAACUUACCAAAACAUCUCCGAAAGGGUAAUGAAAGCGUUGUGGGUGUUUAAUAAUGGGUUUGAGGGAGCCAUCCUUGAAGACACAUGGCCUUUAGAUGAAAGUGAGAAGCAAGUCGAUCAAAUGCAACAACAUUUUCCUUAUUUUAAUCAGAAUUUCGAAACAGUCUUCGAACGCACACCGCUGUGGAACGCCAGUCUUCCUGAUAACACAACGUAUUUUUACUCUCACAAUCAAUAUCCCAACAGAUUUGCAGACGCUAUGCAAUUAGUCAGAGGCGAGAUUGCUACUUACUCUUCAAGCCAAUGGUUCAACUUGAACGUCGCUAUUAAUAGACAAAAUAUUCCAACCUCCUGGACUAGUUUACGUCGGGAACUAAUUGCGGCUGCUUUAGGAGGCGCAUCAGGACAUUGGCUUUGGUCUUCGCCUAUAUGCGGAGACACAGAAGGCUUUGACAGUGCAAUACAUGCCUCCUUAUGCAUUAAGUGGUACAUGGCAGGGAGCUACAUGCCGCUUAUUAAAAUUCACACCAAAGGGGUUAAUAGAGAUCCCUUGUCCUUCACUGGUAACCCUCGAAACUUAGUCAUAAACAGUUUAAAUGUGAGACAGAGUCUGUUGCCAUACUUCUUCACUGUGCUUCAAGAUGGACCUUUACUUCGUCCAAUGUUCUUCCAGUAUCCUGAAGUGGAAGAGCUGGAAGAAAUCCAGACUCAGUUCAGCGUUGGAGACGAUUUGCUCAUUGUGCCAAAUCUUCAGCCCAGUCAGAGUCACGUGCAUGUCACGAUGCCGCCUGGAUCGUGGUAUGAACUCUGGAGUGGUUUUAGGAUUAUUGGAAAUGAAAGUGAAACAGUUACCAUGGAAACCACUGAAGCUGAUUUCUUGACUUUGGUGCGCGGUGGUUCUAUAAUUCCAUUACAAAGAGAUGUAAGACUGACGGCAGAAGAAACACGUCUUAAUUCUCAAUACAGUAUCACCAUAGCAUUGCAUUGUGAAACCGUUAACACUACACUAAUGACAACAACAGCGCCCGACUACGAAACAACAAUAGAAAAACUAUCCAGAGACAAAGUAGCUGAGAGUCAAGAUAAAAAUAAUAAAACGAGUGAAAUGGAAACUCGGUGCGAAGCGUCUGGUCAUCUUUACAUGUCGCCAAACAUGACGCUAGCUUUUAAAGCUGACAAUGAAAAGUUAACAAUAACUGCGGUGGGUGAGGAUUAUGCUGUUUUUUGUACGAACGGACCCAGAGUGUGGGCGAAUCUAAUCAGAGAAGUAUAUGUUUAUGGUUUAGAUGAGGAUUCAAAUAACCUUGAUAACGACAGACGUGUUACAGCUAAUAUUAAUUUGUGCACGUUACAAAACCAGAAAAAUAUUGUUUUUAAUUUUAUAACUUAAUUGGAAUUAUAUUUGAAAGGGUUAAAAAAGUAUUCGAUGUG